UUUGCAAAAUAUUAUGUUUUUAAAUGUGAAUAGUUAAAAAUUUAUUUAGGAAGUAAUGAUUUAAAUGUAUUAGUAAGUGUUGCAAAUAAAUAUGAGGCGUCCACCUCUUUGUAAACUUUUAAUAACUUUAUGUUGUUGUUUUAUCGCUAUUUAUUUAUAUAUUUUAACUACCAAGGAAAAUGACAAUAAUUUUAAGGAUAGUGUUAUACCGAAGCGAUUAAGAGCUACAAGCGUUAAAAGCCCGGGCAGAAUAGUAAUGUCCUUUGUUGUGUGCGAUUCAAGAUUUAACGAAUCCUUAAAUGUUAUUAAAUCUGUAUUAAUGUUUACUAAGACUCCUGUGCAUUUCGUUAUUUUUACUGACGAUAAAUUGCGAAGUUUAUUUAAGGACACUCUUGGUAAGUGGAAAUCUUUAGUAGGAGACCAAUUAGAUUUUGAGUUGCAAGGUAUCCACUUCCCAGAGGCUCACAAGGAAGAUUGGAUGAACUUGUUUAGUAAAUGUGCUGCCCAAAGAUUGUUUAUACCGAAACUUAUUCCUCAUAUAGAUGCUAUGAUAUAUGUUGAUACAGAUACUUUAUUUUUGAAGCCGGUGGAUGACCUAUGGAGUGAAUUUACAAAAUUCAAUGAUUCUCAGAUAUCUGCAAUGGCCGCUGAAGAUGAUAAUCCUAAUGUAUCUUGGUAUCCGAGGUUUGCAAAGCAUCCUUUUUAUGGAAAAUAUGGUCUUAAUUCAGGUGUAAUGUUAAUGAAUUUGACAAGAAUGAGAAGUUUUGGAUGGGUUGAAUAUGUAACCCCAGUAAUGCUUAAAUGGAAAUUGUAUAUUCCCUGGGGAGAUCAGGAUAUAAUAAAUAUAAUAUUCCAUUACCACGAGCGUGCGGUGCGCGUUCUCUCGUGUCGGUACAAUUAUCGGUCGGACCAGUGCACGUACGGGGACGCGUGCGCGGACGCGACGCGCCGCGGCGUCUACGUGCUGCACGGCAGCAGGGGGAUAUUUCACAAUGAUAAACAACCUGCUUUUCAAGCGAUAUAUCGAGCUAUCAGUGAAUAUGACAUAGGAAUGGAUUCAUCGGAGGUAACAAAAAAUAUGCAUAAAUAUUUAAAUGAAGCGCCAGAAUCGAACUGUGGCCAUGUUUUUGACACAUUAAAACAUAAUUUUUGAUAACUUGAAAUCUCAGAAUUAUACAUUGGUGUAUUUUGUAUGAAUUUUAUAUACUGAAAAUCUCAUUUUCUACCACUGAAGUUAUUGCUUCUCAUACAAACUACCUGUAGAUAUGACCAAAUAUUAAAUGUAGGGAUUCCAUAAAAUAUGAAAUAUAAUGAGGACUGUAUCAUUAAUGUAGUAAUUUCAUACAAUAAUCAUAUUCAUCAAUUGGAAAUAAUUUGACUUGUAAUGUUCAAUUUACAAGUAAAAAAAAUAUGUAUACAUUUUCGCAGAAUUUUGUCUAAUUCCUUAUUCCCAUUGUGGUUAUGUAAUCUAUCUUGAUUUUACUUCUAUAGUGUACUUUUGCCUCUGUAUGAGAUAUCCGAAUUCUAAGUAUUGCUCUCUACUUUAUUCUUAAGUGUUCUUAUUGGCUAUUUAUUUUUUAAUUGUGUCUCAGAGGUAUUUAAAAUAAUAAUUGUAAACUGUUAAGAAAAUCUAUGUGCCUUAUACACUUCGCAACGUUAAGUUGUCUUAUUUAUAAAAACAGAUAUGUUUGAAAAAAUGUAUUUUAAUAUAGUAUCGUUUUAGUAUAUAGUUACCUAAGAAUCUCUGCCGAAAAUAAAUUAUUUCUCUACCAUUACAUUAGAUAAGAAUUAAGAAAGGUAUUAUGUAAUUAACUUUUUCUGAUUUAUUACAUUAUUAGAUGAUAAAACGUUAAGUUACAACUUUGUGCAACUUUAUGUUCUCUCUCAAGCCAAGUUGAUAUAAAAAAUUACAAAACAAUGUUUACAUUUGUUUGCUAUUUUGUCUGGAUUCUCUCAGUAGUAAUUGUUACCAAGUUAAUUAAUGAAGAUAGUUAGGAUAAGCCGAUUAUAUUUUUAUAGUUCUCUUACAAUCUUUUAGAGGUUACGUGAUAUAUUUUUUUAUAAUUAUCCCUUCUACUUGUUGAGAGAUAUAUCUUUAUUAAAUAUAUAACAGAGAUAGAAUACACUUUCACGUCACGUUAGUGGUUAAUGCUUAUUACACCCUAUCGGCUGCAAAGUGCCGCGAAGCUAGUACGUUAAUUACAAAUGAUCAACGAGUUAAAACUUCUCAGCCUCCUCUUACACUGUCACGACGUCGCCGAUUGUGCAGAAUAAAGAUAUAAAUUGUUAACAAAACAUAAAAUAAUCUUUGAACUGGUUCAAAAUACCGCGUAGUGUUGAACCGUUGAACUGCUUUGAAUGGUUGAACUGCAUUGAACCGUUAAGGCUCAACCAAUAAAUUAGCAGAUCAUGGCUCAACGUGAUAUAACUAUGAAAGCUUAUGAGCGACAAACUGCCCGGUGAUUCGCAACUCAUUGGCCCUUUAUUUUAUAUUGCCGUGGCGAGCAUUUGAUUAUAUUUUUUAUUAUUUGUGUUUUGUAUUACUAUACUUUGUCCAAGCUUUAAGAAAGCGAUAUUUUUAAGUAUAUAUACAAUCUUAACAAAAUUGUUUUUUGAAAUAUUUAAGUUGGAACUA